GUUGAAAUCAGGUGAAUUGAGAAAAGCAUUUGUACACGAUGGACGAAAAAUCUGGAACCACCUGCUCAAACACUCGUAUAUUUAUGACGAUGAAGCGGAGCGAAAGGGAGACAAACGCGACGGUAUUUUUGCGUUUCGAUUGGCAUCGGAACGAAGAAAUACGAUACCACGUAAUUUUCGGGGGAAGGGGAAUAAAAUUCAGAAUUGCACUAGACAGUACACAGAUGGGAACGAGAAAGAAAGGAUUUCCAGCUGGUCGAUACCACAACUGCGGGCUGUGAUUGCUGUUAUGAUUGGUUUACUCUGCAUUCCGCUGAGCCACAGUUAUCGCCCCGACUGCUCUGAUAUCGAGAGCUGUGA